CGCGGGCCGGCGGCGCGGGGAGACGGCGCGGGCGCGGCGCGGCGCGGGCGGACCGGGCGCACCGACCAUGGCCUCCAAGUGCCCCAAGUGCGACAAGACCGUGUACUUCGCUGAGAAGGUCAGCUCCCUGGGCAAGGACUGGCACAAGUUCUGCCUCAAGUGUGAGCGCUGCAGCAAGACGCUGACGCCCGGGGGCCACGCUGAGCACGCCGGGAAGCCCUUCUGCCACAAGCCCUGCUACGCCACGCUGUUCGGGCCCAAGGGGGUGAACAUCGGAGGCGCCGGCUCCUACAUCUACGAGAAGCCGGCGGCCGAGGGCCCUCAGGUCACAGGCCCCAUCGAGGUCCCGGUGGUCCGCGCUGAGGAGCGGAAGGCCAGUGGCCCCCCCAAGGGGCCCAGCAAAGCCUCCAGCGUCACCACCUUCACCGGGGAGCCCAACGUGUGUCCGCGCUGCGACAAGAGGGUGUACUUUGCCGAGAAGGUGACGUCUCUGGGCAAAGACUGGCACCGCCCGUGCCUGCGCUGUGAGCGCUGCGGGAAGACGCUGACUCCGGGGGGCCACGCCGAGCACGAUGGCCAGCCCUACUGCCACAAGCCCUGCUACGGAAUUCUCUUCGGACCCAAGGGUGUGAACACCGGAGCCGUGGGCAGCUACAUCUACGACAAGGACCCCGAGGGCAAAGCCCAGCCCUAGGCCUGGCCUGCUCGGGGCAUGGCCUGCAGGUCCGCGGCCGGGCAGGGGAGCUGCUGGCGCGGCGCGCUGUGCGCCCCUCCCUGGCUUGUCUGUCUAGACUGUCCAUCGCCCCCUUUUGUGCCCCCCUGAUCCCCGUGUCUGUGUGACUGUGGCCCCCGCUGGGUCCCUGAGGUGGGCUUCCCACCCUGGCCUCAGGCCCUGCCUGCCCACCAGUGUUAUUUAUGGCGCCCUGAGGGACACCGCGCCAGGCCCUCCCACUGCCCGGGGCUGGGGGCACCCCCACUGCUGGUCCCAUGCCUGCGCGCACCGCCCCUCAUGGCUCACGCGAUUGCCCUGACUUGCUGUCAAUAAAAGGUUUGAGAUC